AUGUCCUCGUCACAUCCAGAUCACCACUGGAGUUUGAAUCCAGCGCCGGAUAAAUCCUCUUGGUCAUGCAUUCCCAUUCAGUCGGAGCAAAUAAGUGAAACAGAAGAACAACUGACCACCGGUCCACAUUCUCGUUCACGGUUGCGCAUUCUGAUCAAGGUUGGUCUACCCUUGCUCCUCGGACAGCUGUUAGCCGGUCUGAUCGCUCUGACAGCAAUUUGCAGUGCUUUCCUUGUUCAAAACGAUAUUUCUCUGCCACUUUCGCAAAAUCUUUUCCACUACAUUCUCCUGUGUCUGGUGUUUCUCAGUAUACUGGCUGUGCGAACAGUAUGGCGUAAGUGUCACUCCGUUCCGCAUAUUCCGGAUAAUGCAUCCUCCUGUGAUCGUUCCCAUCUCAAGCGUCUUGGAUUAUACGCGCUAGCCGGUUUGAUUGAUGCCCAUGCAAAUUGGUCCAUUGUGGCUGCAUACUCUUUCACCAGUGUAACUAGUGUUCAACUGCUAGACUGUCUAAGCAUUCCUACAGCCAUGUUGCUUAGUGCCCUGUUUCUGCGUUAUCGCUUUGUAUGUACACACUAUGUGGCCAUGGUGAUUUGUCUCCUCGGUGCUGGCGGUAUGGUGGCCGCGGAUGUUCUCGCCAAUCCGCCUACAAACACGUCCAACGCGUUGAAUGUCACCGGUUCGAAUCAAACCAAUUCGGACGUAUCACAGAUUGUCCUCGGAGACUUUCUGGUCAUCAUAGGCGCGAUGGCCUAUGCCGCGUCGAACGUGUUGCAGCAGUAUUUAGUCAUGCGGUAUGGAAUUGUAAAUUUUCUCGCUUAUGCCGGGAUCACAGCCGCCGUCCCUACCGGGAUUUACGCAUUCCUACUAGAACGAGAUGGUUUGUGGCAUCUGUUCACCGAGAUUCCCAAGUCCGCCUCUUUUGGAGUGGUUUUUCAAUGUCUUUCGGGUUAUGUGGCGGCUAUGUUUCUUCUCUAUUCCCUCAUGCCUCGUGUGUUAGCGAAGACCAGUGCCGUGUUGGUCAACAUGUCCCUAUUGACUGCAGAUGUGUAUGCUUUGCUUAUGGGUAUCUUUCUGUUCCAUUAUCACUUCCACGCCUUGUAUAUUUUAUGCUUUAUAGCCAUCCUGUUCGGUGUCGGUUUGUUUAGCUAUCGUGUUCCUCUAAUACGGGACGAACCGUCACGUUGUGUCACUUGUUUCCGGCGUUCGACGUGUAAAAAACAGCUACCUGAGGUGACUGCCGCAUUGUCGUCGGCCUCUGGAGAUGCUGAGGCUUCUCGCCCUACCGAGUCCAAAUUUGUAUGA